AUGGCAACUAAUGGAAUCAAGAUGCAAGAGAUCUUCGAUUUCUUCUUGAACAAAUAUAAGGUGAGAAGUGCACGAUUGCAAAGCAUGAAAGAGAUUAAACUGAGGUAUGUAGAUAGUUCCCUAAGCCGGACCAUGGCAGAUUUGGCAUCCUGUGCUGCAUACAUAAACACGUCUAGCAGUGAGGAAUUCAUAGAAAUGAUGUUGGUGGACAGUGUCUUUAUCAUAGAGUUCUUCAUAAGGAAUUCCUUCCCUAGCUAG